CUCAGCUUGGUCUUGUUGGUGAGGAAAGGAAGAGAAGGAGUUAAGAGUUAUCGAUGCCCAAAAGCACACCAAAAUAAUCAGAUAGCUAUUAUGUGCGCAGUGUCAUAUUCGGUGACAUGGUCAAUCCUUGUGGGUUGGCCUUCUUCUUCGCCUUCAAAAUGUUAUUCUCACAAAACCAGCGUUGGCAUGAGUCCGACUCCAACAACUUGUAAUAGAUUAGCAGCUACGACGAAAGAUGUGUGGACCAGAACAUCGCCUUCUUCAUCGUCCAACACCAACAGGCAACGUCGCCAACAACAACCUGCGUACUUGGACCACAGCGUGGACAUGGAGGAGCUACUGGCGGCAAUUGGGCAGACCCAGAACGAGGAGGAACUGUUGGCGGUAAUGUCCCCCUUCAGCGGGAGGCAACUGUCUAUUCGGUUCAUGGUUUCGAUGCUGUCCCGAGAGCCCGAUUGGCAACGCGCCCUUGCCCUUCUCGAUUGGAUUAACGAAAAGGCACUCUAUUCUCCCUCCCUCUUCGCUUACAACGUCGUUCUCCGUAACGUCCUUCGAGCAAAGCAGUGGCACCUCGCUCACGGCCUGGUCGACGAAAUGCGCCAAAAGGGUCUUUCCCCUGAUAGGUACACUUACUCCACCCUCAUCACUUCUUUUAGCAAACACGGCUUGUUUGAUUCUUCUCUGUUUUGGCUCCAGCAGAUGGAGCAAGACAACGUUCCCGGCGACCUUGUCUUGUAUAGUAAUUUGAUUGAGCUUGCCCGCAAGUUGUGCGAUUAUUCCAAGGCUAUUUCCAUCUUCACCAGAUUGAAAGCCUCCUCUAUCACUCCUGAUCUCAUUGCCUAUAACUCUAUGAUCAAUGUCUUCGGUAAAGCUAAGUUCUUCCGCGAGGCUCGCCUUCUUCUUCGGGAGAUGAGGGACAAUGGGAUUCAUCCCGAUACCGUCAGCUACUCCACACUUCUUGCCAUCUACGUUGACAAUCAAAAGUUCGUUGAAGCACUCUCUCUGUUCUCUGAGAUGAAUGAAGCCAAAUGCCCCCUUGAUCUUACCACCUGUAACAUAGUCAUUGAUGUUUAUGGCCAGCUUCACAUGGCCAAGGAAGCCGACCGCCUCUUCUGGAGCAUGAAGAAAAUGGGGAUUCAACCCAAUGUGGUUAGUUAUAAUACUCUCUUGAGAGUUUAUGGAGAGGCUGAGCUAUUUGGGGAGGCCAUCCAUCUGUUUCGUUUGAUGCAAAGUAAGGGUGUACCACAGAAUGUUGUCACCUACAACACUAUGAUUAAUAUCUAUGGCAAGACUCUUGAGCACGAGAAGGCUACCAAUCUCAUUCAAGAAAUGAAGAACAGAGGUAUUGAACCAAAUGCCAUCACUUACUCAACCAUAAUAUCUAUCUGGGAAAAGGCAGGGAAACUGGACCGGGCAGCCAUGUUGUUUCAAAAAUUAAGGAGCUCCGGAGUUCGAAUUGAUGAGGUUCUUUACCAGACAAUGAUUGUAGCCUAUGAGAGGGCGGGUUUGGUUGCUCAUGCCAAACGUCUACUUCAUGAGCUCAAGCGACCGGAUAACAUUCCCAGGGAGACUGCAAUCGCAAUUCUGGCCAGAGCUGGUAGGAUUGAAGAGGCUACGUGGGUUUUCAGGCAGGCUUUUGAUGCUGGAGAGGUCAAAGAUAUAUCAGUAUUCGGGUGCAUGAUUAAUCUUUUCUCUAGGAACAAAAAGUAUGCCAAUGUAGUUGAAGUGUUUGAGAAGAUGAGAGAGGCAGGAUAUUUUCCCGAUUCUAAUGUUAUUGCUCUCGUGCUGAAUGCUUUUGGAAAGCUGCGUGAAUUUGAUAAAGCAGAUGCUUUAUACAGAGAGAUGCAUGAAGAAGGGUGUGUUUUUCCGGACCAAGUUCAUUUCCAGAUGCUCAGUCUAUAUGGCUCAAGAAAGGAUUUCACGAUGGUAGAGUCAUUGUUUGAGAAGCUGGAUUCCAAUCCCAAUAUCAACAAGAAAGAGUUGCAUCUUGUUGUUGCUAGCAUUUAUGAGAGAGCUGAUAAACUUAAUGAUGCUUCCCGAAUCAUGAAUAGGAUGAAUCAAAAAGCAAUCAGAAGUCACGAUCAUGCUGAUUGCUGAGCAUUGUGCAUCUGCUUUUCCCCGUGUAACUUGUUGACCAGCAUUCUUUUGCCCCUGAUCAUCCAUAAAACUGUAUAAGAAAUCCACUCAUAUUCCGAACCAAGUGUAUUAUGUGUAUAUGAUUGAAAUUACAUUACAAAAAAUGGUAAGUUAUUUAUAUUUUGA